CCAAUACUACGGUUGCAGCAACUACCAUUAUAUCUAAUCACAAUGGUAACCAAACAGCUGAAGACAACUUUUCAACAGGAAGUUAUUCGAUUAGUGAAACGGCUACAACUCAACCCCCGUCGGACACCACUAUGCCAACCAGUACGUUAUAUCAGCCCAGUAUUACCUCACCUGCGACAACAUCCGCUGGAGCGCAAACAGCUCUGUUAACAAAUUUAUUAAUGUCAUCCCAAUCGAGUACUUCCAGCAGUUCAACCAAAGCCACACCAAUAGUUACCUCCACACCUCAGACGUCUACAAGUGUUAAUCCUCCAACCUACCAAAUGUGUUCAAACGAAUCUUUAACAAUAACCAAUCCUGUAUAUAUAGUAUCUCCUAAUUAUGGUGAUAAUCAGCAUUAUCCAUUAAAUAUUAACUCUCAACUUAAUAUAUAUACAACUUCUAACAAGACUAUAAAAGUAUCCUUUCUAGCAGUAGAUAUUGAAUACAACUCAGCCUGUUCCUGGGAUUACUUAAUACUUUAUGAUGGAAGCAGUGAUGCCAGUUCCAAGUUAGGCACUUUGUGUGGUACCAAACUGGUAUCCUACAAUUCAACGGGAAGUUCCAUAAGAUUUCACUUUAACUCAGAUUUCAUGAUUACAAAGACUGGAUUCAUAGCUUUAAUCGAGGUCAUUGACACCGAUGCUGUAAGUGAAGCUAACUCAAAUUCAAACACCUCCAGUUCUGUUAAAAAUUCCACAAGUUGGCUUGUGUCGUCCACCACACACUCGUUAACUACAAUAUCUUCAGCUUCAUCAACAUCCACGAUAUCAAUGUUACCAUCUUCAACAAAACUAAUAUCGUCAUCUCCAACAGCACCAAAAUCAUCAACAUACAAUAUAUUAACAUCGUUCAUAUCAUCAACAUCGCUAACAUCAUCAGCGUCGUCAACAUUAAUGGCACCUCAAACAUCUCAAGGAUCACCAGCAUCAACAACAUCUUCAAUAUCAUUGACAUCAUCGACAUCAUCAACAUCUCCAACUUCACUAACAUCACCAACAUCAUCAACAUCGCCAGCCUCAUCAAUAUCUGUAAAAUCACCAGCAUCAGCAACAUCACCAACAUCAGCGACAUCAUUAACACCAGCUGCAUCAUCAGCACCAUCAACAUCUCCCAUAUCACUAGCAUCAUUGGCAUCACCAUCAGCGACAUCAUCAUCACCAACAUCAACAACAAGAUCAUCAACAUCCAAGAUAUCAACAUCAUCAACACCAACAACAUUAUCGGCGCCAUCAUCACUAUCUCUGUCAUCGUCGACAUUACCAACAUCAUCAGCACCAUCAUUAAUUUCCACAGUCGAAUCCACGUCAAUAAUCCCACCAACCAUAACUUUCAUUAAUGAUAUGUCCCAGUCAGUACCAAAAACUUCCCAACCAUUAGAUUCAACUAAAACAAGUACCACAACGGUUAGCGACACUGUUAUUAUUUGUGAACAACAAUAUGUGUAUAUUAAAAACACUAUCACUGUAAUAUCACCAAACUACGGUCAAAACCAACAUUAUCCUACUAAUAAAGAUUGUGGACUUCUGAUUGAAGCUACGAAAUAUUCGUAUAUUACAGUUCGUCUGGAUACAUUUGAAGUAGAAAAGCACAGUCUAUGUUCGUGGGAUUUUCUUUCUUUACGCGAUGGUAAUUCAACGGCAGAAGAAAUAGUCAAACUGUGCGGUUCCUACGUAAAUACAGCUUAUUCAUCGACCCAAAAUCUCCUAUAUCUUCACUUCCAUUCAGACUGGGUUAUUCCUAAAAGUGGAUUUAGUUUAACUGUUUCCAGGGAAAUUAAGAAUGAAACAACACAACAACUAUCAACGGUACAAAUAGCUAGUAAAUUAACGACGACAUCCAAACUAAUAUUAUCAACGCUGCCAUCGACAACAACAACGACACUACCUCCAACAACAACAUCGAUACCACUUUCAACAACAACGAUACUUCCUCCAACAAUAACACCGAUACCACCUUCAACAACAACGAUACCACCUCCAACAACAACAACGAUACCAUCUCCAACAACAACACCGAUACCACCUCCAACAACAACAUCGAUACCGCCUUCAACAAAAACAUCAACAACGCUACCACUUGCAGCAACAAAACAGAUUCCAUCUUCCACGACAACAUCAACUAAAAACCUGAACACCAGUAAUGACAAAAAACGCCUCACAAACUCUACCAACGCCUCUGUGUGA